UUUUGGCUCAAGAUCAGAUCAAGCAGGUCGGCGCAAGCUAUCUGAAGUACUGUUCACACGCCUACACACACUUGAUAAUCCCCGAUAGGGCGAGCCCAUGACGUUCAAGGGCAUCGCCUGCCUCGUGCUGGUCGCCAGCUCUGCCCUGCCGCUGCAGGCCCUGACGCUGCACGAUGCCGACGAGGCGCUGCUCCGGCGUGCCGGGCAGGGCGCCGCGGCGGGAGAGGCUGGCAGGCGCAGCGGUAUGAUAGACCUCCAGCACCUCGUUGACCAGCACGCCGCGUCCGAGGUCGAGCUUCACGCCCGUGCGGCCGAGACGUUCCGCAAGUUUGCCAGCAAGAUGGCCAAGAGCGGGUGCAACUACAAAGGGGGCCUGCUGCCGUGUCCCAACGGCCACAUCUGCCACUACACGGGGCAGAACGGCGUGAGGUCCAACGCGACUGUGGAGUACCGUGGGAACAUCAUCCGGACGGUCUUGUCCCCCGAUCCCGACCAGGGACUCGAUCAGCCAGACCUCGUAACAUUCAUGGGGGCCAGCACCGACGACGCUCCUGCAAUGCUGACGGAAGUGCCAGAGGAAUACAGGAGAACAGCGGACCCCGUGAUGUUGAAGAUGUUUUUUAUUGAGGAUACGGAUGAUGUGACCGAAGAGUGCCCUCAUGACAGUGAGCGCGUUGAGACCAUGGGCGACAGCACCGUGUCGUACACUAUUAACAGCAGCACUUUCUCGGUUGAAACACGAGAAGCGACCACCAACAAGUUCAUGGGCAUGUCGUUUGAUUUCGUCAGCGAGGCACCUGUGGGUCACACCCUGGCCUUCGAGAUCCCGGCUGGGACGCAGAUCGUUUGGGUCACCCGCGAAGAGAUGGUGCAGGUGCUGCAGACGCAGGAGUUGCCCGCAUCCGCCGAGGCACGGUUGGAGGCGCAAUUACGCAGGGUUUAUCAGUAUCCUGGCAGUGUCUAUCCUACACAUGGUAUUGACGACGUGCUAAUGCAGAAAGGAAGCAGGAGGCGCAGGCGCAGGCAGUCAGCGUGUUCAGACUCAGAGACAGGGGCGAUGAUCGGAGGUGGCGCCGCCGUAGGCGUGGGUUUCUUACUCUGUGCGUUUACUUUCAUUGGCUGCUUCGUGGGCGCGCCGUUCUUGGUAAUGGCCGGGACGACGUCCAUUACGAAUGGUGCUUGCAGCUGCUGGGCAAGCAGUACUGCGGGUCAGACCGCCUGUGGAUUGCGGUGAUGGGGCGAUGGCUGCCAGGGCGAUGGCGGUCUCCGGAGGCAACUGGCCGGCCGGCUGGCGACCAUUGGCUGGCGACCAGGAGCCUAGAUGCGGGGCGGAAGUGCGUAUUUCUGGCAGGCAGUACGGUCAGACUGAGGUAUGAGAUCGAGGUCGGCUCGGGGAGGGUACCCUAAUGUUCUUCGUGUCCGUUGGAUGUUCUUGUGUAUCCUGGGUGAGGGCACCCUCGGAUGUUUUUCAGUUUGGCAAGCGGUCUCAUUUGAUAUUUAUCUUUCCCCGGUCUGGCGGUAGUAUACUAUAGGGUUACUGCUCUGCAUGGUUUCCAGGAUCCGAGGGAAGCGGUGCUCUGGCGCCGCUUGGAACGCAGAGAGGCGACCAACCUUCUGCAGACCCACGGGAACCUGGGGCUCCAUUCACUUAAACUUGAGUUUGAAGUUUCCCUCCACGCGAGGAAGCUUCGCUCCAUUCCUAUUUCAGCAAGUUUCAGCCUUCUCGUCGUCCUUACCUUCCUCCUCCUCUUCCUCCUCUUCUUCUCUCUUCUCCCCGUCCUCCCUCGCCGCAUCCGUGUGCCUCCGCGGGGACGGGCAGCAGCGGGCAGAGAGGACAGGCAAUCGCGGGCGAGCGGGGGUGCGGAUGAAGGGACGACAGUGUGUAGGUUUUGAGACUUCUGACUUGGGCUCGCGCCAAUUCGCACUACUGUCAGUGGCUGUCUGUUGAACAGGGCUUCUGUGCAUCGCUCGCGCCAAUUUCACAAUUUUCCGUGGCUAUCCGUUAUCCAGGGCUUUGAGAUUUCUGUGCAAGGCUCGCGCCAACUAGCACCUCUUUCAGUGGCCUCUGAGACUUCUAUGCAUGGCCUGUGCCAAUUUGCACCCCUCUCAGCGGCUGUCUGGCAGAGUCUGGUUGCCACCGUCAUCGAUGGGAUCUUGCAGGCCGCUGCACAUAGAUCGGCGCCAUUCUCCCAGGCGACCAGAUCGGCCACCAGAUCGGCGACCAUGCACGGCCUUUUCGACCAGAUCGGCGACCAUGCACGGCCUUCUCGACGUCGACCAAGAUCGGCAUCGACACGAGCAUGUAAAAAGAAUGAAGGUCUGUCUGGCACCGUUUUGAGGCUGCUGCGUGGGUUCUAUCCCCCAGCAUGCUGGUGGUGCGGUCCACGGGGGCCGCUGGAUGGGGCCGUGCUCGGGAUCCCUUCCCGUGGGCGCGGCUCCGCGCCGCGAAAGCGCGCCCGCGCGCCGGGUUCCUCGCCCUUCCCCGCGGCGAGCUCGAUGCCGCGCGUGCGGGCGGCGGGCUCAAGAGGCGGGGGUCAAGGCAAACGGGGCUCAGCCAGAGCGCCGGAUCUUGCAGGAUCGUGCAGGGCCAGGGGCGCAUUGACCCGGGUUCGGGUGCAGGAUCCUGCAGGGUCCUGCAGGAUCCGGCAAGGCCCGAGUCCCCGAGGAGGGCGAUCAUGCUGUGCCCGAGCACGGCCGUCCUCCCCCUCGGCGCGGUCUCCGACGGCGUAGUCGUUUCGCUUCAAGCCAUUUUAUAAAGCAAGUAGAUCUCGUGGAUCAGCACGUCGGCUCUGAUGGCACCAUGAAGAAAGUUUAGCCCGCAAGUCUUCACAGCUUUUUCGCGGAUAUUCGGGACGAUCUUUGGGG